UCUGCUGUGCCUGUCUCCGUACUCAGCCCAUGAGCAGCUGCUGUGUGGAAGCCAGGCAGACCCGUUCUGCAAGUGUGUGCCUUCCUGUCAGCUGUAUGUUGGACAUCCCUGGGGAGACAGCCGAGGAGACCUAGAGAAGCAAAGAACCGAAGCUGGGCGGGACUGGAGUAGAAAAAUCAGUGAGGAGGAACUUAGUCAUAAAAAUUACAGCCGUACCAAGGUAAUCAUCAGCGUUACUGGGAGUGGCCUCACGAACAGGGAACCGGCAGCAGGAGAGCUUCGGGAAAAGACAACCGCAGGGCAAGGGAAGUGGUGUCAUUCCGGGUGUUAUAGCUACCUGCUGUUUCAAAAGUGACUUGUACUACUAAAUCUUUAUAGCUGAGACAGUGUUACAGCAAGCCACAGGAUAUUAUUUUUAAUCCUUGUUCACGAGGACAGAAGUGACUCUGGAGUGGCUGGUCAGAAUUUCCCAUUCUGCACAUCUGAAGAUGCUGUUUCGUAACCCACAGGAAGUGGGGGUUGGAGACCAGCUUGCUUGUAACUGAACAUGGCAGGGGAUGUGAAGAGAUUCUCACGGAUACUGCUGGAGUGCAAUAGCAAUGACAAGCUAUGUGUUGUGCGUGAGUAUCAAACGGAAGUGAUCGUUGUCCCAGCUCUCCUGGUGGGACUUUUUGUCAUUGUGCUCACUGUGAUCCUUUGGCUCCACUGCCGCGGCCUGCGAGCAAAGCAGAAGCAGUCAGCACCAGAUGGAAGCCAAGUGAUGAAGAACAAUCAGCAGGAAUCCUGCUCAAUAGAGAGCCGCUGCAUCCAGCUGAGUGAGAGGUCUGUGGAGAGCCUGCUAAAUUCUGAAUCCUUGACUCUGAAAGAAUUGGAGAUACCACGAGAGAAACUCUUACCAGACACCUUGGAGCUGAUAAAACUUGGUGCCUAUGGGAGCAUCUACAGAGCACAGCUGGAAACCGGGUGCUCUGGGAAGACUAAGACUGUGGUAUUGAAAGCCUUGCAAGACCCGGCUAGUCCCCAGAAAAUAAAGGAUUUCUUGGGAAGGAUUAAAUUCCAUCAAAAUCUUGGCCAUCAUGAGAACCUGGUUAAAUUGGUUGGAUGUUGUGUAGACCAGCUCCCACUUUAUAUGAUCAUGGAAGACAUGUCUCUUGGUGACCUGCUGACAUUUCUGUGGACAUGUCGGAAGGAUGUAAUGGCAAUGGAUAGUGUCCCCUAUGACCUCACUGAGAGGCAGGUCUAUGAGCUUGGACAGCAGGUUGCAGCAGCUCUGGCUUAUCUCGAAGAAAAGAACUUGUUCCAUGGUGACAUUGCUGCCAGGAAUGUCCUCCUUCAUCACAACUUCACAGCUAAGCUCUGUGGUUUGGGCCUGGCCUAUGAAGCUCACACACACGGUGCCAGCUCAGUCAUGUGGAAAGUGCCCGUCAAGUGGCAGGCACCAGAGAGGCUCCUGAGCAAACCCCCUACCAUCAAGGCAGACAUAUGGUCUUUUGGAAUUUUACUGUAUGAAAUGAUUACAUUAGGUGCUCCACCAUAUCCUGAGGUGCCACCUUCUGACAUCUUAUCAUACCUGCAGAAACAGAACAUUAUGAAGCAGCCCUCGAGCUGCCAGCAAGCCAUGUACUGCAUCAUGAAGUCCUGCUGGCAGUGGAGUGCAGCUCACCGGCCUUCUCCAGCACACCUCUUGUGCUCCUUGGAAACAGCUAUGAAAAACAGCAAUGGGCACACAGUGCUGCAGGUGCCUGAGCCAGUGGUGCCUGAACUCUAUGCUGAUGUUGCUGGUGUUGAUGUGCACAGCCUGGUGAGGGAAUACACCAUCCUCUGAAGGGUCCUUUCAUAUUUUGGUAAAGGAGAAAGAAGUCUCAGAGUUUUCCCUUUCUAAAUGUUUUGCAAGCUUGGAACGAGGUGUGUAUGUUGGAAGGGAUCCCUUUGUUCUUCAAACAUCUAUAAAAUCUCUCUUCCAUGCCAGACACAAGAAACUGUUACCAUUAUUGUUAAAUCAACCUGCUGGUAUCAUUCUGCCAGUGGUCAUUUGGGAGUAAAAUGUGUUUAGGAAGCUGUAGAAAAUGCAAUGAGAAACUUGAGUUAAAGGAGUGUUAGGUUUGUGUGGCAAGGUUUUGGUGAUGGGUGGACUGCCGAGGUGACUUCUCUGAGAAGAUGCCAGAAGCUUCCCCCAGCUCCACCAUGGAACUGCUGCUGGUCAAGGCUGAGCCCUUCAGCAACACUGGUAGCACCUCUGUGAUUACAUAUUUAAGAAGGUGUAAAAGGUACUGCACAACAGCACGUGAGAGAGAGGAAUGUGAAUGUGAGAGGAACAGCUCUGCAGACACCCAGGGCAGGGCAGAAGGAGGGGCAGGAGCUGCUCCAGACCCC